AUGGCGGAAAUCAAAUGUGAGGUGAGGAGCGAUGGGCAGAACAUUGGAAGAGACGGUUCCAGGCGUCGCUCUAGGAUUGAGCGGAUCAAUCUUAACCAGAAUCUUGAUGCGAAGUACGGGCGACUAUCACCCGUCUCGUCGGGAGCCUGCUAACGAUAUCGCAGAAUCAGCAACCCUGUGGCAGAAAUCCCAUCUGACGAGCUCCUGCGCGAUGUGGAGAUAUUUGCCGACGAGAAAGGACUGCACGACAAAGUUGAAAUGAUCAAGAAAGGAGUUCUUGUAGCGCAAGACCCGACCAAGUUUGAACAGCUCACUAUCCUCCAGUCUGACGAGAAAGAGGCUCUUCCUCAGGAAGCUGCAAGUAGGUGGCGGCACCCGCUUCGUCUCUAUUUCACCAUCAUCAUCUGUUCCAUCGGCGCUGCUGUCCAAGGCUGGGACCAGACUGGAUCGAAUGGUGCAAAUCUCAGCUUUCCCAAAGAGUUCGGCAUCGGCCAUGGCGACGACAAAGCUUCACCACACUAUCAUAGAGACUCGUGGCUUGUUGGCGUCGUGAAUGCUGGACCGUAUAUUGGAAGCGCUUUCAUCGGCUGCUGGCUGUCGGAUCCAUGCAACUAUUGCCUUGUAAGUAUAACGUACACAUACACAGGCUGGCCUGAUUGUCGCUGAUGAGAAUAUCCCAGGGUCGUCGUGGCACUAUAUUCAUCUCUGCCGUCUUCUGUCUACUGACGCCCAUUGGCGGAGCUUUAACGCAGACUUGGGAAGAGCUGUUCAUCACUCGACUGCUCAUGGGAAUCGGCAUGGGAUUGAAAGGAUCGACCGUACCAAUACUUGCUGCUGAAAACAGCCCAGCCAAGAUCCGAGGCGCACUGGUGAUGAGCUGGCAGAUGUGGACCGCAUUUGGAAUCUUCCUGGGCUUCUGUGCUAAUCUCGCCGUCUACGAUGUUGGUGACAUCACUUGGAGACUACAGAUCGGAUCAGCUUCCUUACCCGCUGUUCCGUUAGUCUUUGGGAUAUAUCUAUGCCCAGAGUGAGUUAAAAGGCGCUUGAUGGGAAGACUUGAGCUAAAUAAAACUUAGGUCGCCGCGUUGGUAUAUGAAAAAGAAUCGGUACCAAGAAGCAUACGAUUCUCUGCUCAAGCUUCGACAUCAUCCGCUCCAAGCUGCCAGAGACCUGUACUACAUUCAUUGCCAGCUUCAGAUCGAGGCUAGCAUCAUUGGCAAGAGUAACUAUUUCAAGAGAUUUGCAGAGCUUUUCACCAUCCCACGCGUGCGGAGAGCUACACUGGCAAGCUUCACAGUGAUGAUUGCCCAACAGAUGUGAGACUUGAGAGGACCCUCCAACAACUUCACGAGUACUGACUGGAAAUAUUUAGGUACGGCAUCAACAUCAUUGCCUUCUAUAGCAGUACCGUGUUCCACGAAGCCGGAGCGAGCACGAGAAAUUCCCGGAUCGCAUCCUUCGGGUUCGGUCUGGUCAACUUCAUCUUCGCGUGGCCUGCUAUCUGGACGAUCGACACUUUCGGGAGACGAACACUGCUGCUCUUUACCUUUCCAAACAUGGCCUGGACACUUCUGGCCGCUGGCUUUUGCUUCUAUAUUCCAGAGGAGAAGACUGCACAUCUUGCAUUGAUCGCCUUGUUCAUUUACCUCUUCGCUGCCUUUUACAGCCCCGGCGAAGGACCAGGUAAAUGUGAACCCACUGAAAAGUCACUACGUCCAAUGCUGAUGCUCGGCUCUAGUGCCGUAUACGUAUAGUGCCGAGGUCUUUCCUCUAUCACAUAGAGAAGUCGGUACGAAAUCGAAGAGCAGAAUCAAGAAUCAUCCCUGCCAUUCAAAGAAAGCAUUGGCUGACCUUUUUUUGGUAUGUCAGCCAUGGGCUGGGCCGUAGCGACGUGUCUCUUCUGGGCAGCCGUGCUCUCCAUUUCCUUCCCUGCGAUCUUGGCCGCUUUCACAGCGCCAGGCGCUUUCGGUUUCUACGCGGGCCUCAACGUCCUCGCUUUCAUCAUGAUCUUCCUCUUUGUUCCGGAGACGAAGCAGCGUACACUGGAAGGCAAGUAUUGCAGAGACAACGAACAACGAACAAGUCGUCGCAUGGCUAACCCAUGGACAACAGAGCUGGACUACAUCUUCGCCGUUCCAGGCACUCGCUUCCUCUCGUAUCAGACUCGCGAGGCACUUCCGUGGUGGUAAGUUUGAUGGAUGGGCUGGAGACCGACUCAUUUGGCGCAGAAAUAAUCUCAAUUUCUAGGUUCAUGACUUGGGUGCUUUGGCGGCGUUCGGCGACACUGCAGCCGCUCUACGAGAUUGAUCGGACCUUGGAGUCUCCAGCUAGAUCAUAG